ACCAUGCAAAAUCACAGCUUCGUGACUGAAUUUCUCCUCCAGGGAUUUUCACAGAAUCCACAUAUUCAGAAAAUGGUAUUUGUUGUAUUUUUGUUUGUUUACAUUGGAACCAUCUGGUGCAACAUGCUAAUAGUGGUGACCAUUAUUUUCAGCCCUGCUCUACUCGACUCCCCCAUGUACUUCUUCUUGGCAUACUUGUCCUUCUUGGAUGCUUCCUUUUCUUCUGUCAUCACACCAAAGAUGAUUGUUGACUCCCUCUGUGAAAGGAAAACCAUCUCUUUUCAGGGUUGCAUGGUGCAGAUCUUUGGUGUACACUUCUUUUCUGGCGCAGAGGUGAUUGUCCUCACAGCCAUGGCCUAUGACCGCUAUGUGGCCAUCUGCAAGCCCUUGCACUACACUUCCAUCAUGAACAGGACACUCUGUCAUGUUCUGGUUGGUGUAGCCUGGAUGGGAGGCUUUCUGCAUUCCAUCAUUCAAAUUCUCUUCACUUUUCGCCUUCCCUUUUGUGGCCCCAAUGUCAUUGAACAUUUCAUGUGUGACCUGUACCCGUUACUGAAGCUUGCAUGCACUGACACACACAUCUUUGGCAUUUUGGUGAUUGCCAACAGCGGGUCCUUCUGCAUUAUAAUAGUCUCCUUGUUGCUUGUGUCCUACGGUGUCAUCUUAUUCUCUCUGAGGAAGCAAAGCUCUGAAGGGCGUAGAAAGGCUCUGUCCACCUGUGGGUCCCACAUUGCUGUUGUGGUUUUAUUCUUCAUACCUUGCAUGUUUAUAUAUGCAAGACCUCCAACUUCCUUCUCCGUUGACAAAAUGGUUUCCAUAUUUUACACCAUGCUAACUCCAUUGCUCAACCCUUUGAUUUAUACUUUUAGGAAUAAGGACAUGAAAAAUGCUAUCAAAAAACUUCAGAAGAGAUUGGUGGCAAUUUCCCAUGUACAAUGA